AGCGUGCCGCGGGGCCAGGCCUGCACCUUGCCCUGGGACGCAGGGAGACACGGCCCUGAGCGGGAAUUGCGGUUGCCGAGGCUGAGCUGCAGCCGAUGCUGCGUGGACGCUUGGUCCGGCCCCUGGUCUCCAUGGCCGGUCGCGUCUGUCUGUCCCGGGAAUGCACCGGAUCUGGGACCGCUGGACCGGUGGAGGCCGCCAUUCGUGCAAAGCUCGAGCAGGCCCUGAGUCCUGAGGUGCUGGAGCUGCGCAACGAGAGCGGUGGGCACGCGGUGCCCCGCGGCAGCGAGACGCAUUUCCGCGUGGCCGUGGUGAGCUCUCGCUUCGAGGGACUGAGCCCCCUGCAGCGGCACCGGCUGGUCCACGAGGCGCUGGCGGAGGAGCUGGCCGGGCCGGUCCAUGCACUGGCCAUCCAGGCACGGACCCCUGCCCAGUGGAAAGAAAAUCCUCACCUGGAUACGAGCCCCCCGUGCCUGGGUGGGAGCAAGAAAACUCCCUGAACCCCGAGAGAGGUGGAAGACUAGGAUGACAAUGGGCUGGGAAAAAGAGAACAAAGUACUGAGUCCUUCUGCCUCUGCACACAUCCCUGUUCCGCGGGGAUAGCAACGCAUUUCACAUGGAAGCCAGCGCAAGAAAGAUGCAGAAUUCCACUUCCAUGCUGCCUGAUCCUUUUGAAGUUGUAACUAAAAACUGCGUGAGACUUGUUGCAAACAGUUCUGUAUAUUAAAAGGGAAAGCAGCU